CUUCAAGAGUUUCCGGAAGUUAAGUAUAUUGAAGAGGAGACAGUAGCCGUAGCAGCCGAAACCUCCAUUCCCUACCAUCUAGACCGAGUCGACCAGAGAGAACUCCCACUCGACAACAACUUCCAUCCAAUCGGUGACGGAGAAGGAGUUGAUAUCUACAUUCUGGACACUGGGAUACUCUAUGAGCAUGAAGAGUUUGGGAACCGUGCCAAAUUUGGUGGUUACGACCCAAUGGAUGAGUAUAGGGAAGAGAAUAUGGAAGGCCGGGACUGUCACGGUCAUGGCACACACGUGGCUAGCAAUGCUGCAGGGAGGGAUUAUGGUACUGCAAGUGGAGCAAUCAUAUACAGUAUCCGUGCACUAGGCUGCAGUGGCUCUGGGGCUUGGAGUGUUAUCAUUGCGGGGUUGGACUAUGCCAUGAGGAUUAUCCCUGUUCGAGGCCGCCCUGCAGUAGUGUCCGUGUCCAUAAUUGGCUCUUACACUCAGUCUGUCAAUGAUGCUGUCCAGAACCUCACAAAAAUUGGAAUCCCUGUGGUAGUAUGUGCAGGGAACGAUGCUAGAGAUGCCUGUCUUCAGAGUCCUGCCAGUACUCCAGACGCUAUAACAGUUGCUGGCAGUGCAGACGGUGAUGAACUCUACCCCAACACAAACUAUGGUCCCUGUGGACUGCUAUAUCUUUACAGUGGGACAUCUUUUGCUACUCCAAUAGUUAGUGGAGCUAUUGCAAUCAUGCUACAAAGACAGCCCAAGCUGACCCCUGACCAAAUACGCCACCAGCUGAUCUCUUUCUCCACUAAUGAUACCCUCAACUUUGAUAUUAUCCCCGUCGAAUUUAACUCCUCCACUCCAAACCGGCUUCUCUACAUUCCUGGAUCAUGUGGUGGGGAAAUAUAUAUUGAAGUGGAGUCCGUUGUAACAAUUGAGUCUCCAAACUACCCUCUCGGUUACUUUGAGAACAUUAAGUGCCAGUGGUUUAUCACUGGUCCUCCCGACACUUACGUUAGGAUCUCCUUCUCCUCCUUCUCAACCGAGUCCUUUCAUGACACAGUGGAACUGUAUGAUGGGGACCCUUGUGACCCCAACACUGCACAACUGGCCACUCUCAGUGGACAGAAGGAAGACCUCCCCUAUAUGAAGUGUGAUAGCCUUUCAAACACCCUCUUUGUGGAGCUGAACACAGAUGGUACUAUCAGUAACGCUGGAUUCAAAGCCAACAUCAUAGCCACUUCAGUACGGGAGAAUCAAAAUGGGACAAUAGAGUUUGGUACUUGUGAAGAGAGAGUCUGCUUGCCUUUUCCAAUUGAGAACGAUGAUCUCCUUGAGGAAGAUAAGUCCUAUUUUCUCAGUCUUGUAGACUAUACCUUCGAUGAAACCAUUGUCAUUGGUACUGAAUCUGCCAGUAUUACAGUUGUGGAUGAUGACGGGGUUUAUGUGGACUUUACGGAAUCAGAGUACUUGGUGGAAGAAGGAUUCCAAGCAAGAGUGUGUGCUCGGCUGAGUAGUUUAAAUUAUGAUUGUCCUGUUUCUUUCCCGUUCUCUGUUGUUAUUAACACUGAGAAUGGAACAGCUGUGUCACCUGAUGAUUACGAGGCCGUGUCUAAUUGGAAUGUGGGGUUUUCUCCUUGCUCCAUGGAAACCUGCAUUGAUAUUACAACUCACAAUGAUCCUCUGGUGGAAGGAGAUGAAGAGUUUUACAUAGAACUCUCCAGUGGCCCAGACCUUCACAGGGGGAUCAACAUUGUAAAAAGUAGUGCUCUGGUGACCAUUGUUGAUGAUGAUGUUGCCAGGGUAAGUUUCAAACAUCAAACAUAUGAAGUUCAUGAAAGUGAAGGGAGUGUUCGAGUGUGUGCUGUGGUGCGUAGUCCACACCCAGUUGCGGCAGACUGUCCACUGGACUUCAGCUUUGGUGUUGGAAUUGUAACUUCUGCUGGAACUGCAGUUGUAGAUUCAGACUAUGAGUCUCAACCUAUAAUACUACAGUUUGAGUCAUGUGUCGAGGAAGUGUGUGCAAACAUAAGAAUCUUAGACGAUAGCAUUAUGGAGUCACUGGUUGAAGAUUUCAUAGUGUCUCUGGAGCCGUUCAGGACUGAUAUCCGGGUCAGACUUAGUCCCCAGCCCAGCACUGUUGAAAUCAUUGAUAAUGACGGUGUGAUGAUCGAUAUGGAACGGAGUUCUUAUCGAGUUUGCGAGGGAGGAGCUGAUGUGACAGCAUGUGUGAGGAUGGUUGGUCAAAGCAGUAUCUAAAACACGCUGUACUUCUCAACUGUAACAGGCAGUGCAGGUUCUCCUUCAGACUUCUCUCCUAUCUUUGAGCUCCUAACAUUUGAACCAUACUCCUCCCGAAUGUGCAUCACCAUUGACAUUGUGGAUGAUGCUGCUGUAGAGAACACAGAGUCUUUCACUGUAAGUCUAAGCGAAACUGGUGGACUUGACAGUAGAGUUCAGCUGAGACAACCAACUUCAACCAUUGAGAUUACUGAUGAUGACACUGGAGCUACAGUGGAAUUAGUAACUGGUUCAUCGAGUGCAACAGAGGGUCAUAUUGUGAGCUUUUGUGCUGUCGUUAAAACA